UUAUAGAAAAGCGCACGCGUUGCGCGUAACUCUUAAUCCGCCAUUUUUUACGGUUAAACGGGUUAUUAUUGUCAAUUUUUUAAUUGUUAAAAAGCAGCAGGCAAUGAUUAUUUUGUGAAUAAAAUCGAAGCAAUUUUGCUCUCACCCUUCACAUUAUUCAUAGAGAUGUUUAUUUUCUAUCUAAGAUGAAGUUGAGCUAAUCAAAGAGAGUUAAAAGCAUACAUAGCUCGCAGCAUGGGAGCAUUUCUUGAUAAGCCAAAGACAGAUAAGUUCCAGGAGCAUGGAGAGGGCAACGGACUCAGGUAUGGGGUGGCCAGCAUGCAGGGCUGGAGGGUCGAAAUGGAAGACGCACACAUGGCGAAAACUGAUCUCGGAGGUGCUUUAAAAGACUGGUCAUACUUUGCUGUCUUUGAUGGGCAUGCAGGUGCUCGGGUUUCCGCGCAUUGCGCUGAACAUUUACUCGAUGCUAUCAUGCAAACUGAGGAAUUCCGAGAAGAUGUUAUGAAGGGGAUUCGCAACGGGUUUUUAGAAUUAGAUAGCAAAAUGCGCUCGUUACCUGAAAUGUCAUCUGGAGAAGACAAAAGUGGUUCAACUGCAGUCUGCGCGUUCAUUUCACCUCGUCUUAUUUAUAUUGCCAACUGUGGCGAUUCUAGGGCGGUACUUUGUAGGGAUGGAAAUCCCGUUUUCUCAACUCAGGACCACAAACCAGGAUUGCCUACUGAACGAGAGCGAAUUAUGAAGGCUGGAGGAACAGUAAUGAUUCAGAGAGUGAACGGCAGCCUGGCUGUGAGUCGAGCCCUUGGCGAUUAUGAGUACAAAAAUGUUGAAGGGCGGGGUCCUUGCGAGCAGCUGGUGUCCCCCGAACCGGAGAUUUUCGUUAGAGAUCGUGACGAUAACCAAGACGAGUUCUUGGUGCUCGCUUGCGAUGGAAUAUGGGAUGUGAUGAGUAAUGAGGAUUUAUGCCAGUACAUACAUUCGCGACUCUUGAUCACCAGCGAUCUUGUUGAGGUCACCAGUCAAGUCAUCGACACUUGUUUGUAUAAAGGAAGUCGCGACAACAUGUCAAUUGUACUGGUAGUGUUUCCCGGUGCUCCAGCUCCAAAUCCUAACGCAAUCCAGGCCGAAAAAGAACUGGAAGCAACUUUAGAGAGGCGCAUAAAAGAAAUUAUCCAACAAGAUGGAGAGGUGGAAUUUUCCCAUGUGUUUCAACGACUCACAACCCUGGAUAUUGACGGUUUGCCCCCCGGGGGCGGAUUGGCUGCAAAGCGACCAUUUAUACAGAAUGUUUUUACGGAACUGUGUCCUAAGCAAGCUGAAACUGAUUCUGAUGGAGCCCAAGAAAAUGGAUAAAUUGAGACAUGAAUGGAACCUAUCUAUAUUUUGUAACUAUAUUUACAUUUUUUUUGUUAUUUUGUGACCAUGCUUUAGUAUAUUUUAUGUUUAAAUGAA